GGUCAAGAUGUCAAAGAGCUCCACUUCUAAGGCUUUUGCUGCCGCAUUUGUCAUUCUGGCGGUGUCUGUCAUUGGCAGCUUGGUCACCAUGAUCAUUAUGUACAAGAUUCAGAUCGCACCCAUGAACCCCUCACCUCGUCCGACCUAUCCUACCACGACCUUGGGACCGGCGCCUGCGAUGCGGCUGCCAACGAGUCUGGUCCCCGAAAACUACAACAUCAUUCUAAAAAUGGAUUUCUACUCCAAAAUCGUGGAGGAGGUGAAUGUCACGACUCCCAACCAAACCCUGCUGUUUUCCGGUACCUCCUUGGUACGCUUCCGUUGUGUGGAGAAGACCCAGAGCGUUUACCUGCACAGUCGGGACCUGCUGGUCUCUGACGCUGUGGUAAAGAACGAAGACGAGAACAAGAAGAUCAGUAUUCUGAGCAUGACGCCUCACCAAGACCAAAGUGACUUCUUGAGGUUUGAGUUGACUGAAGCGCUGGAGAAAGGAAGGAACUACAGCUUGUUGGUGUCCUUCAGUGGACACAUGUCAGACCAGCUCCACGGACUGUAUGUUAGCACCUAUGAUGAACGUCAUGCACGGUCUCAAAGUCCAUCAAACACACACAGAUUUCUUGCCAGUACAAAUCUGCAGCCGACAGCCGCCAGACGAGUGUUUCCUUGUUUUGAUGAGCCUCAAAUGAAAGCCGUGUUCCACGUCACCAUCGUUCACAGACGAACGAUGACAGCGCUUGGAAACGCAGAAGUGUCUGGUGCUGAUAUUCUAGACGACGACGACUGGAUGGAGACUCGUUUCUAUCCAACACCAAAGAUGUCAACCUACCUUUUAGCGUUCACCGUUUCAGAGUUGACGUCUUCCCCCGCCGCACAUGAGCGUGUCAAAAUUCAGAUAUUUGCUCGACCAGAGGCCAGAAGAGCCACCGUAUAUGCAGCAAACAUCACUGGACUUAUACUCAAGUUCUACGAGAAGCACUUUCAAAUUAAUUACCUUCAGAAAAAGCUAGAUCAAGUUGCGCUGCCCGAUGUAUCCGGCACGGCGGUGGAAAACUUGGGACUGAUCACGUACGACGAGGGCGUCCUGCUGUACGAGUUGGGAGUGUCGUCACUCUUGCACAAGGAAACAAUCUCCUAUUCCAUCGCACGUCAACUGGCUCACCAGUGGUUUGGAAACUUGGUGACAAUGAAAUGGUGGAAUGAAGUUUGGCUAAAAGAAGGCUUUGCUACGUACAUGUCAUCGCAGGCAUUGGACGACGUAGAACCGACAUUCAAAGCUGGUGAAAUUAAUAUCAUGAGUGAACUCCAUGCAGCCUUUGAGCAGGACGCGCUGGCUUCUUCCCAUCCUCUCAGCGUCCCACACCAAGAUGUCCUGUCCACUCCACAGAUCACGGCCUUACUUGAUGAUCUCAACAACUUCAAGUGGUAUCUCAGGGACUUCAAGUAUGGGAACGCCGACCAGGAUGACCUUUGGAAGUGUAUUCAAAAGGCUGAAGAUGAGAACAAUGGCCACACCAAGGUGGCCAAGGUGAUGGCGACAUGGACCAAACAAAUUGGAUUUCCUGUCAUCACCAUCAACACCACAAACGGAGAAAUUUACCAGAGGCACUUCCUGUUCAACACUUCUGUGGAAUCCAGUCUGUUGUGGUCCAUCCCAAUCCGAGUGUCGUCAAAUACAUCGGCAACUUCUCUGGUGUGGCUGGAAAACAACGAGGCAGUUACAAAAGACCCAUUCAUCUCCAAGGAAGGAGAGUGGAUCCUGGCCAAUGUUGGUUGUGUUGGAUACUACCGGGUCAAUUACGACCCAAAUAACUGGGACCGCCUCCUCAUGCAGCUGCUAUCCAACCCCCAGCGCAUCCCAGUGAUGAACCGAGGGCAGCUUAUUGACGACGUCUUUAAUUUGGCAAGAGCCAACAUGGUGGAUGUGACUAUGGCUCUAAAUUUUACGGCGUUUCUUCGUAACGAGACAGACUACAUACCCUGGCAGUCAGCAGUUUGGAAUUUUGAGUACUUUGUUCUCAUGUUUGAUCGCUCAGAGGUGUAUGGACCAAUGCAGGCUUAUAUCCGGGAUCAAGUUAAAGGCUUCUAUGGCUUCUUCAGGAACUUCACUGACCACUCUGCUGUUCCAAGGGACCAUUCCGAACAGCACAGCCAGAUCACGGCCAUCGAUGUUUCCUGUUCCAAUGGACUCCCAGAGUGCGUCCACAUGGCGACAACCAUGUUCCACAACUGGAUGAACAGCAACACCAGUGAAAACAAUAUCCACGCCAACUUGCGGUCUGUUGUCUACUGCCAAGCCGUGGCUGCAGGCGGGGAAAAAGAGUGGGAGUUUGCUUGGAACAAGUUCCAGAGCAGCAAGGAAAGCUCGGAAAAAGACCAACUCCGUCAAGCUCUGUCCUGCACCAAGAAAAUCUGGUUGCUCAGCAGAUAUCUAGAGUACACUUUGGACCCUGAGAAGAUUCGACUAAUGGAAGUCACUUCCACUAUCAGCGACAUUGCCAGGAAUGUCGCCGGACAUGGACUGGCCUGGAACUUUCUGAGGGCAAACUGGGACUACAUCAGUCAGGGAGACGGAGCCAAGCUGAUUGACCGCGUGACCAGGAGGUUCUCCACAGCGUUUGAACUUCAGGAGUUGGAGAACUUUGCCACCAACUACUAUCUGGGUUCUUCUUCCCGGGUGGUGGCCCAGGCCAUUGAGAGGACCAAAGUCAACAUCCAGUGGGUGGCUGACAACAAGGCGACCAUAGCGGACUGGUUUCGAAGCAGAUCCGACUGGUAGGCAAACAACUGUGCUUUGGCUCCGUCAAAGUUCUUCUGAAUCCAGAAUAUGGAGAAUAAUUUCUGGACCAGAAGACGAAUCAAAUGGCACAAAUGACGCACUUUUUCCAAACAGUUUUCUCAAAUUAAUCGGAGAUGUGGAUGAAUAUCAGGAAUUAAUGCAUUGUUGAUGUCUUUCUUUGUACUGCAGCUGAAAGACUUUGAUGAUGCUAGAACAGUUUUAAAAUAGCCAAAGAACACAAUCUUUUUUAAUUAAUCAUGUGUUGCUAGCAUGUAGGGCUGGGCGAUAUAUGGAAUAUACUCGAUAUAUCGCCAGUUUGUCUCUGUGCGAUAUAGAAAAUGACUAUACCGUGAUAUUCGAGUAUGCGUUCUCACGGCAUUUCUUCACUCUUUCUUGUCUCUGCUUCUCACAGAGACAUAAAACAAGCGCACCUUCUUACACACGUCACAUACUGUGACGCGUGCAACGUCACACGCCCUCGCCGAGCAGACAGGUAGCGGCAUGGGUAACGUUAGCUGUGAUGUUAGCGAAGAGGUGCGAGUGGUAAUACGAGAGAGAGAAGGUGCGAAUCUGGUAAAAAAUGAAAAAAUAAUUAAUCCCCAAGAAAAACAGCAGGGGGUUUGGCUUCAAGCGUGAAGAUGUCCAACAAGUAUGCGGCAAAAGCGUUAGCAACUUAGCACCAUUGCUAAUUUGUAGCACCAUUUGAAAAGUCACCCGCUAGAGCAUGGGUGUCAAACUCUGGCCCGCCGUGUAAUUUCACUUGGCCCUUGAGGCGAUAUCAAAUUAACACUAGAACUGGCCCGCCGAUUAUAUACAGCGGCGGUGCCGCGGUAACACCUCAUUCACAGCUAAUUGUCAUACUUGCCAACCCUCCCGGGAGACUCCCAAAUUUCAGUGCCCCUCCCGAAAAUCGUCACGUCCGCUUUUCAUC